ACAUCGGUUGUGACUGGUGGUUUCUCCCGUUGAGAUUGAACUUCAUUUCGAGAGAGAGGAUCGUUGUGACCAAAACUCGGGAGCUAUCUAUUUCGAAUAAAUGUAAAGUGAACAGCUUUUGCAACCUGUGGAAAACUGCAUAAGUGCCAGGUAUUUGUGUGAAAAGUCAUUAUGAUAAUCGAGGAGAGCAACGCAAUGCUCCCCUUUUGCGAGGGAGUCGCAAAGAUACAGUGCACGAAAAAUAACGUUGGCGAGUCACAGAACGUCAGUCAUCCUGAAGCGGUAAGCGUUAGCGUGUAUACCUCGCAUGCACUGAGUUCAGAAUCAAGUGGAACUGUUCGCGAGAAGUGGACCAGAAACAUCGAGUUCUUACUAUCGUGCGUUGCACUGUCCGUCGGAUUUGGGAACGUCUGGAGGUUUCCCUACACAGCGCUUAACAAUGGAGGUGGUGCGUUCGUUGUCCCAUAUUUGGUGGUACUGCUGGUGGUUGGACGACCUCUCUAUUACCUGGAGAUGAUUGUCGGGCAGUUUUCUAGCAGAGGAUGUGUGAAAGUGUUCGACAUGUGUCCGUUGAUGCGAGGCGUCGGUGUGGGGCAGACCAUAACGAUGUUUACGAUAAUCGGAUAUUAUGCAGCACUGUUGUCACUGGCAAUACGCUACUUCGUUGACUCAUUCCAAUAUACCCUCCCGUGGUCCGUUUGCCAACCGGAUUGGGAUUGUGUGGAUUCAUCCAAGGCUUCAAUUCACAUCUCCAAUAGUUCGACAACGAAACCGUCUGCUGAGUUCUAUUUCACGAGGGUUGUAACCAAUCAUUCACCGGAUCUCAACAACGGUAUUGGGAUACCAAAUUAUCAACUAGUACUGUGUCUUCUGGUCAGCUGGAUAUUAAUAACAGUGCUAGUCAUCAAGGGAAUCAAGAGUUCCGGAAAAGCAUCCUACUUCCUGGCAAUAUUUCCGUACGUAAUUCUUUUCGGGUUGCUCAUUCGAUCAGUUACUUUGGAUGGAGCUUUCGACGGAAUCAAGUACUUCAUCACUCCUCAAUGGGGCAUGCUUCUGGAUACCAAAGUGUGGUAUGAGGCCAUUUCCCAAUGUUUUUUCUCGCUAACCGUAGGACUGGGAGCAGUGAUUGUGUAUUCUUCGUUCAACAACUUCUCCAACAAUAUCUAUCGCGACGCAAUGAUUAUUUCCUGGUUGGACACCUUCACGUCGAUGCUGUCUGGGGUGAUCGUAUUCGGCGUAGUGGGAAACGUAGCCUACAUUACGAAGAAGAACGUUACGGACGUUAUGAAGGGAGGUCCCGAGCUGACGUUCGUUGUCUACCCGGACGCACUCGCCAAGAUGCCCACGUGGCCCAAUUUUAUCUCGAUGAUGUUCUUUUUUAUGUUCAUUCUGCUGGGCUUGGGCAGCAACAUGGGAAUUGUGACGACAAUUCUGACCUCAAUCAAGGAUCGGUACCCGCGUGUGACGAUUUGGAAGGUGGUCGUCGCUAUCUCUGUGGCAGGAUUCAGCUGCGGUUUGGUGUACAUCUCACCGGGAGGAUUUCAUGUGCUGGAUAUAGUUGACUACUAUGGAGUAACGUUCCCUACUCUAAUAUUGGUGGUUCUGGAGACCUUCACAUUCUGCUGGUUGUACGGUGUCGAUCGUAUAUGCAUAGACAUAAAAUUCAUGCUCGACAUCAAAACUGGUGUCUUCUGUAGGGUAUGCUGGGGUUUUUUAACCUUGUCGAUUCUACUUAUUAUUACAUGUAUGCAAAUAUUUCGAUAUGAAGCAAAAAAAGUUCCUGUGGGAUAUAACGCUUUCGGUUGGAGUCUCUUCGGGGUUACGGUUCUACAAGUUGUUGGUUGGGCCAUCUAUACCACUGCCAAGCAACCAAAAAGCUGCAGCAUUUAUGACAACAUGCGCGGUGCUAUUCAACCAACCGUAGACUGGGGACCGGAAUCAGAAAAAAUGAAACGGGACUACGACACAUUGAUCGCUAACUACAAAAUUGAUAGGAAUAGAGUGGAAACACUGCGAGCCAGACUUUUUAAUAAGAUUUUUAAAUGAAUACCCAAGUAUUAUUUCGUACAUAUAAGCCCUAUAGAGAGAAGAAUCUCAUGCAUAAUUAUAUUAUUAAAACGACCAAUAGUACAAAUAAAAUCUGU